AUGAUGCCCCGGCAACCCUAUGCGCCGACGCCGCAUAGCUACAUCCCGAACACAACACUAUCAGCAACGAUCAAUCUCGAUGAGGAGGUGAAGCUAGCCGACACCCGCGCCGAGCGCGACCUGCAAGACUCGCUUGCCGAGAUCUUCAGUAUCAUCGUGACCCUUGACGAGCUCGAGAAGGCCUUUUUGAAGGACGCCAUACCCGAGGCCGAUUACACCGAGAUCUGCGAACGCUCACUGAAGCAAUACAAGUCCAUCUUGGCUGACGAGACUGUCGCAAAGGCCUUCAGAGGCCUGGAAGAGUUCAAGGCAGAAUGGGAUCUCGAAGUUCCCCGUGCCACAGAGCGCAUCCGCGUCGGAAUGCCCUCGACCACCGUGACCGCCUCCUCGAGCGCUCCUCCAGCCCCAAGCGCCGCAGGUAACACCAGCGGAGCCCUGAUUCUGGAGGCGACGCAGGAGUUCAUUACCUUCCUCGACGCCGUCAAGCUGGGCCUUCUAUCCAAGGAUCAGCUGCACCCCUUGCUCUCCGACGUCAUCCAGUCGGUCAACAAGGUGACGGACCGCGACUUCGACAGUAGGGGCAAGAUCGUCCAGUGGCUCAUCACGUUGAACCAGAUGAAGGCCACCGACGAGCUGAGCGAGCAGCAGGCUCGUGAGUUGGAGAUGGAUAUCCAGCAGGCCUACCAGGGAUUCAAGAGCACGCUCACCUAA